AUGGCCUCCUUCUUCUCCUUUGCGUCGCCCGUCGACGUCGACGUCCGCCUCGAAAAUGAGGAUGCCAGAAAGCAAGUCGAGAUCAAGAUGGACAAGGCGACCAGGGAAAAGUGUCCGAUCUACUUCGAUGGAGAGAGCGUCAAGGGAACGGUCUCGGUAAGGGUGCGAGAUGGCAAGAAGCUGGUGCACGAUGGCAUCAAGGUAGAGUUCGUCGGCAGCAUCGAGCUCUUCUACGACCGCGGCAACCACUACGAGUUUCUCUCGCUGGUCCAGGAGCUCGCAUCUCCGGGAGAGAUGAGGGCUGCGCAGAACUUUGACUUUGAGUUCAAGAACGUCGAAAAGCAGUACGAGAGCUACAACGGCAUCAACGUCAAGCUCCGAUACUUCAUCCGUGUGUCAAUCUCUCGACGGCUGGCCGACGUGAUCAAGGAGAGGGACAUCUGGGUCCACUCGUACCGCAUGCCGCCGGACUCGAACAACGCCAUCAAGAUGGAGGUCGGCAUCGAAGAUUGUCUGCACAUCGAGUUCGAGUACAACAAGUCAAAAUACCACCUCAAGGACGUCAUCGUGGGCAAGAUCUACUUUUUGCUGGUGCGGAUAAAGAUCAAGCACAUGGAGCUUUCCAUCAUCCGUCGAGAAACGACCGGAGCAGCGCCGAACCAGUACAAUGAGUCGGAGACGAUUACAAAGUUCGAGAUCAUGGAUGGCGCCCCCGUACGAGGCGAGACCAUCCCGAUCCGACUCUUCCUUGGCGGGUUCGAGCUGACGCCGACAUUCCGUGACGUCAACAAGAAGUUCAGCACGCGCUACUACCUCAAUCUCGUCCUCAUCGACGAGGAGAAUCGGCGCUACUUUAAGCAGCAGGAGAUCACCGUAUUCCGUAUUCCCGAGAACUAG